UGUACUUUCUGUGAUAUCAAAUUCAAUAAGAAAGAAGAAUUGGAAACUCAUUGCCGAAGUGAUCUGCAUAAGAAACGUCUUACUUCUGAUGAAGGACAAGACUGGAAGUUCCGACCUCCUCCAAGAGGAUUAUCCAGUGAAGAAUAUUCUCUAUGUCAAAGGUAUUCUGCUUUAUUUCGUUGUUCAUUUGGUGUAAAAUGUACAGAAGCUCAUUCUGAAGAGGAAUUAAAUGAAUGGAAAGAACGAUUUAAGUUUCGACGUGAGCAACUACAAAAAGCCAGAGAAAAACUCCUUCAUGGAAAUUCAUUUACUGAGAAGUUGAUGGAAAGAUUGAUGCUAUCAGAAAACCCUAGAGCUAUAUUGGUACAGUCUUUAGAUUUUGUAAAGUUACAUAUAAAUGCUGAUUUAAAAGUUACCAUGCCCAAUAAAAGAUCAACGUUUGCCUGGACAUUUACAGUAACUAGUAAGAUGUCACUACAUAAUGUAUGUUUAUUAGAUGAUGUCAACAAAUCAUAUUUCUAUAUCUCAUCAAUAUCAGUUGGUCCAAAGAAAACUCAGAAAUACCAGAAUCUAGAGAAUCAUUAUGGUAUGUGUAAAAACUCUUCACCUUUAAUUUGUUAUUUAACACAGGUGGUGUUUAAAACUGAUAUAUUUGGUACAUUCCGACAGUCUAUUAUAUUUGAUUUUGGGUUUGAGACAGUAUUGAUGAGAGAGAUACAGGUUGAAUCAGAAACAGAUUUAGAUAAACUAGCUAGUGAUAUUAUUAUAACAGAAGCUAAUAGAUGGACUAAAGAUAAAGUUAAUAUUACACCUUUUCAACUGAGUUCUGAGUAUUUAAGUGAAAGUGAUAAAAACUUGCUGGCCAAGUACAGUUUACCUCAAGCUGAAAAAUUUUCUCGACCAGAAUCAGCCAUCAUGCAAACAUUAAAUAAAAAAAAUUACAGAGAGUGGAUGCAUGAAAUGUUAUAUUUAGAAGAAAUGGCUCAGUUUUCAUCAAUUUCUGGAUUUAAUAUUAAAACAGCUCUACAACUAGUUAAUAGAUUUUUAUUGAUGCCUGGUGCACUGUCUAUAGCUAAAUAUGCUAACAAUGGAGAAUUAUUUGCUAAAAUGAAACUUGAAGAUGAUUUGUGUGAAGAUAGUAUAAGUGGUCGUUUGAUUUUACAAAAUGCUCAAUUUGCUUAUAUUGCUUUAUGUAAAUCUAAUAAAGAAAAGUCAUUACCUAAAAAGGCAUAUGAAGUAUAUAUAGAAGAUAAAGGAAAGAAUUUUAUAUUUCUACGUUUACCUAAAGUUUGUGUUGAAGAAUUGAAACUCUCCUGUGAUGAAGAAGUAACAGUUUUAGUCCAAUUUCAGUUAAACCGUUUACCUAAAGUUGAAAUGCAUGCUGCAGUGGAUAAAUUACCUUCAAUAGAUACUGUGUUUCCAACUCUAGAGGAUUACAAGUCAAUUCCUUGGUCUCCUUCAAGACAAUGUGAUUCUGAAUUAAAUGGUUGUAAGUUAAAUGCAAAACAGAAAGAAGCUGUAUUAGCUAUUACAAUUGAUCCUGAGACAAAGUUACCUCCCUUAUUAAUAGUUGGACCAUUUGGUACUGGUAAAACAUAUACAUUGGCUCAGGCAGCUAAACAAGUACUCAAACAACUAGAUGGCAGUAGAAUACUGAUUUGUACCCAUUCUAAUAGUGCUGGUGAUUUAUAUAUUAAAGAUUUUUUCCAUGCCUGGUUUGAAGAAGGUAAUGAAGAGAUGAAACCAUUACGUAUUAUAUAUAAAAACAGAUGGGUUCAGACUGUAUCAGAAACAGUGUUAAAAUAUUCACUAUUUGAUUCCCAUACCAGUACAUUUAAAUAUCCUACACUAGAAGAUUUAGAGAAACAUCGAGUUAUUAUUACAACAUUAAAUACUGCACGUUAUAUCAGUGAUCUAAAUAUCUCUAAAGGUAAGUGGUUUUUCUCUCAUAUAUUUAUUGAUGAGGCAGCUCAAGCCUUAGAAUGUGAAACAUUAAUACCAUUAUCUAUGUCAUGUGAAUCAACUAGAUUGGUACUAGCAGGAGAUCAUAUGCAGCUCAGUCCUGAAGUGUAUGCUGAUUUCUGUCGGCAGCAAUAUUUCCAAAUGUCACUUCUAGAACGUCUACAUGAAUAUUACCCUCAUGAUCACCCGUGUAAAAUAAUGCUUUGUGAGAACUAUAGAUCUCAUUCAGCCAUUGUUGAUUUUACAUCUGAAUUAUUCUAUGAAAACAAACUGAUCUCUAGUGGUAAACAGAAGGCUCACAGUAAACUUUACCCACUCACAUUUUACGCAGCAAAAGGUGAAGAAGUUCAACAUCAAAAUAGUACAGGAUUUUACAAUGCAGCAGAGGUAUUUGAGGUAGUUGAAAGAGUAGUUGAUCUACAGAGAAAGUGGUUAGAUGAAUGGGGACCAAUGAAUGACAGUUCUAUUAGUAUUGUUACGCCCUAUGCCGAUCAGGUUAAGUUUAUAAGAAAUGAAUUAAGAAGACAGAAGUUAUAUCAUAUUAGUGUAGAAAGAGUACAUAAUAUACAGGGAAAACAAUUCCGUGUAGUAAUAUUAAGUACAGUAAGAACCCAGAAUACAUGUAGAUCAGAUACUAGUGAAGAAGACCUGAUGGAUUAUGGUUUCCUAUCUAAUUUAAAACUGUUAAAUACUGCUAUUACACGAGCUCAAUCUCUAGUUAUGGUAGUAGGUGAUCCUGUAUCUCUAUGCUUAGUUGGUAAAUGUAGGAAAGUGUGGGAAUAUUUUCUGGAGAUCUGUAAUCAACACAGUAGUUUUUAUGGUAUGACAUGGAGUACUCUUAGAGCUCAGCUAGAGGGUGUUGAGAUGACAAAGACAUAUACCUUAAAUCCACUAGCUCCUGAAUUUAUACCUAACAGAUUGUAUCAUAUAACUAAAGCUGCAUCUGAUAGUAUGGGAAUGAAUCUCCAGUCACAACCAAUGCCCUCUAUUCCACCCUGGCAACAACAUUUGUAUGGACCUUCACCAUAUAAUCAUCCCAUAUCCAACUUUCAUCCUUAUCCGGUAUGUCUUACCUUUAAUCACUUCCAGCUUUGA